AUUCUCAUUCAACGUUCAUAAUUAGCUGGUUGAUUAUUAGAAGAAUGACCGAUUCCCAAGAACCAGAAACUCCCAAAGUGGAGCCAUCAAUACCAAAAAUGGUAGAGUCCAAAUAUUCUAUAAGAAAAAACGUAUGGGGACAACUUUGGAAAGAAAAACUAGUAAAAUUCCCUACACCUUUUGGAAGAAUUCCGAAUUUCAUAGGAGUAGAGGAAGCCUCUGCUAAACUGUUGCAGUUAGAUGUUUUCAAAUCAGCAAAAUCCGUAGAAGUAAGCCCCGAUAAACCCUUAGAAUCGGCUAGGGCUCUUGUGCUGGAGAAUCAAAAAGACUUGUAUGUGCCCUGCCCAGGCCUUGGAAGAGGUUUGAUAAAAAAACUUGAACUGGAUAGCAAACAUGAUACCAAACUGAUAGUUUCUCGAUGGGGUAUAGAACAUACAGGAAAAGAAGUUGAUAAUGUCAAGGAUGAGAUUAAGAUUGAUCUGCUAGUAUUGGGUAGCGUUGCUGUUUCAAAAGAUGGUUAUAGAAUUGGAAAAGGUGCAGGGUAUGCAGAUAUGGAGUUUGCUUUGUUCAAGGAGAUGAAGGCUAUUAAUGAUCAAGUUGUGAUAGUCACCAUUGUUCAUGACUCACAGGUAUUUGAUGAGUUACCCAAAGACAUCUUCAAGGAAUAUGAUGUACCAAUUGAUUUUAUCAUAACCCCCACCCAAAUAAUCGAAGUUAAACAUGAUUUAUCAAAACCAGAGGGCAUAUUCUGGAAUCAUCUUACUCUGCGACAAGUUGAGACAAAGACUGUAUUGAGUGAACUGAAGAAAAAACACGAGAGUGAAGGAAAAGAUACCACUUUGAAAGAAUACGACCCAGAAGAAAAAGUUUACUUCCCACGAUACUAUCCGAGAUAUUACAGAAGCAAAUCCAAGCCGAAACCUUUGAGUGACAGAACCAAUAAGAAAGCGGGCUCACAAAAAGAUCAAAGAAUCAAAUCUAGAUCUGCUUCUUCAGCAAAAUCCGAACGAAAUGGACCCAAAGAAAAUAAGGAAAACGCCGAAAAUGUGGAGAACGUAUCACCGCAGAACAAGCUCAGAAAAAGGAAGAGACCGAACAAUUAUUACUCUCUCAGAGUCGGUAACAUUCAGAGAAGCGUCAGGGUCCGUGAUUUGAAGAAUGCCCUGACUGAAAAGGGUAUAAAACCGAGAAAUAUCACUUGGAAGGGUAGCAGAGGCUUCUGUUUCUUGCAUUAUUCCAAAAAGAACCCGAAGAACGAGAAUGAAGUCGCCUCUAAAGCGGAAGACGGUUCAGAUGCCAUCAACAGUGUGAUCGAGUUGAUACAGGAGUUGAAGAUCAACCCUGACACAGAGAAAAGUAUCACUGUCAAAGUAAUGGAGCCUAUUACCAGAGUCGAGACGGUGAAUGUGACUUCAGUCUGAGCAGUCACAAUGUUAUCAAGUUUUGUUAUAAUGUUUUCAAUUAUUUCUUAUUAUCUGAGAUACUAUGGUACAAAAGUAGUUGAUGCAGUUCCUUCUUUGCCAAAGUAAGUUUGAGAUUCGCUACAUUUAGGGAAAUUUUUUAUGAUGUUGAUGACUUCCAGGUUCUAGAGCUUUAAAUUUGGAUAUUCAGAGUUUAUAGUUAAUUUAUAUUUAGCUUUGACUAGUUCAGAGUUUUGAUAAAGUAUUUUUC